GGAAGGAGCCCUGGGAGGGGAGCAGGACCCCCCACACGCCAUGGCCAGUGUGGUGGUGAAGACCAUCUGGCAGUCCAAAGAAAUCCACGAGGCGGGAGAUCCCCCCACGGGGGUCCAGAGCCGCUCCCACCUGGUCCCUGAGGCUCCCCUGGGGUUGACCAGUCCGGCCAAGGGAAUCUCCAAGAAAAAGAAGGUCGUGUCCUUCCAAGGAGUGGAGCCCCAGUUGUCCCAUGAGCCAAUGCACUGGUGCCUGAACCUUAAACGGUCCUCGGCCUGCACCAAUGUGUCACUGCUCAACCUGGCCUCCAUGGAGCCCACCGACUCCUCCUCGGGGACAGACUCCACCACAGAAGACAGCGGCGGCCCACUCGCACUGUCCGGGCCCCCCGCCUCCCUCACCCCACCCUGGGCUCCAGAGGACCCAGACAUCACAGAAAUAUUGAGUGGGGUCAACAGUGGAUUAGUCCGUGCCAAAGACUCCAUUACCAGCUUGAAGGAAAAGACCACCCGGGUUAACCAGCAUGUGCAGACCCUGCAGAGCGAGUGUUCUGUGCUGAGCGAGAAUCUUGAGAGAAGGCGGCAGGAGGCAGAAGAAUUGGAGGGGUACUGUAGUCAACUCAAGGAGAACUGCCGGAAGGUGACCCGAUCGGUAGAAGAUGCUGAGAUCAAAACCCACGUCUUGAAGCAGAACUCAGCCCUGCUGGAGGAGAAGCUGCGCUACCUCCAGCAGCAGCUGCAGGAUGAGGCGCCGCGGAGGCAGGAGACCGAGCUGCUGGAGCUGGAGGAGAAGCUGGAGGCCGGCCUCUCCCGGCAGUGCCUGGGCCCCGCCGCCUCGACCCAGGGCUGCUCUGGCCCGCCGGGGAGUCCCGACGAGCCCCCAUGGUCGCGCGGCCUGGCCCCUGGCGGCUGGGGAAUGGGGCCCCGGGCAGGGGAGGGUCCCCACCUGAGCGACCAGGAAUUGCAGAUGGUGUCCACGGGCCUCGAGGAGCUGAGGAGAGAGGUGUCCUCGCUGACCGCCAGGUGGUAUCAGGAGGAGGGGGCGGUGCAGGAGGCCCUCCGGCUGCUCGGGGGCCUGGGCGGCAGGCUCGACGGCUUCCUGGGCCAGUGGGAGCGGGCGCAGCGCGAGCAGGCGCAGACGGCACGGGGCUUGCAGGAUCUGCGAGGCCGGGCGGACGAGCUGUGCACCAUGGUGGAGCGGUCAGCAGUGUCUGUGGCUUCAUUGAGGAACGAACUGGAGGGGCUGGGCCCAAUGAAACCGAUUCUGGAGGAGCUGGGGCGGCAACUUCAGAACUCUCGAAAGGGGCCCGACCUGUCUGUGAACCUGGAUCGGUCCCCCCAAGGCGGCUGUGCCCGCUGUGCCAGCCAGGGGCCGCAAUUAUCCACGGAGUCCUUGCAGCAGCUGCUGGAUCGAGCGCUGACCCCGCUAGUGGACGAGGUGAAGCAAAGGGGCCUGGCUCCUGCCUGUCCCAGCUGCCAGAGGCUACAUAAGAAGAUUCUGGAGCUGGAGCGCCAGGCCUUGGCCAAACACGUCAGGGCAGAGGCCCUGAGCUCCACCCUUCGCCUGGCCCAAGACGAGGCCCAACGGGCCAAGAACCUGCUGCUGACGGACAAGAUGAAGCCGGAGGAGAAGGUGGCCGCUCUGGACUAUCUACACUUGAAGAUGUGCUCCCUCCAUGAUCAACUCAGCAACCUGCCACUCGAGGGGUCCACAGGGACAAUGGGGGGAGGAGGCAGUGGAGGAACACCCCCAAAACAUCGGGGCCCAGGCCCUGAACAAUAAAUGGCCCCUCAUGCU